CAGUCCAUCAGUUUUCUGUACUUUCCCCGUAAAUCAACAAGUUUGUAACGAUGAAGCUCGAUUACGCAUGGACAGUAGUUUUUUUCAUCCUACAAUUAAAGUUUUCCCAUGCAGAACUUUUGCUAGCUCAAAUUCUUGUACAUCACGCAGAGUCUACUCCAAGUCGACUUAGUGUACAAGCUAAGUUUCCUUUGCUAUCAAAAAUCAAUAAGUCCUACAUACCAGAAGGAUCCAACAGAUUGACGAAACUUGGGGAAAAAAAGGCACGCGAAUUAGGGGCAUCCCUGCGUGAGGCGUAUAAAAAUUUAAUUGAUGCUAAGAAAAUUUAUUUCCGUCCGGAGAAAACAAAGGUAUCAAUUCAAUCAGCGAUGCAAUUAGCACAGGGACUGGUCCCAGAUUACGUUCCAACCGAUCAAGAGAUCGCCAACAUGACGUUCAAAAACAAUUCUUGGUUCAAUGUAGUUCAAUUGGAAGUGGAUCCAUUAUUCAUUGGCUGGCUUAAAUGUCAACCUAUUUUGUCCAAAGUAGCCGUCCAGCAUUCCGAAUUGGUUGAAGACUGGAAGAACUUCACAGAAUUAUAUCAGCAAUACUUUGAAGAAUGCACUGGUAGUAAUUUUUUCUGGAACUUUCGAAGCGGAUUUCUGUAUCGUCAAAUUCGUGCUAUGGAACAGGUUGGCAUUCCCAUAGAUGAGUGCAUCAAAGAUGUAUACCCUGACGGAUUAUUGCAAGCACUCGUACUGUGCGAAUAUGGUAUGCAGUCUGCAACGGAUGACAUCAUUCGAUACAAUGGAGGCAUCCAGCUUGCCAUGUUCUUACGCAAUGUAGAGAAUUACUUGAAUGAUGUGGAAAUGAGUAGAUUAUCCAUUCUAGUAGGUAACGAUAUCAAUAUUAUGGGACUUAUCAGAGCUCUACAUGUUCAUUGGGAGCCCCAUGUUCCUUAUUACGGUAGUUAUGUUGCGUUGGAGUUGCACCACAUUGAUGAAGAAUUCAUUGUUAAGGUGAUGUACCAGAAUGGCACAUUUCCGACGGAACCACCUGAACAACUGUGGAUGUCAUACGAUGAGUGUCCGUUAUGGUAUUUCAAACUAAAGUUGAAAAACCGGAUACAACGUGUGAAUGUGGAACAACUAUCCUGCAGUGCGGAUCUCAAUAGCACAGAGAAAAACUGAUGUCAGUUUUUCCAAAUAUUUUACAGCGGAUCUGCCAGGUUCGAUACGCUUGUAUGUUAAUUCAGUAAAGGUAAAUAAGAUAAUGACAUAAAUCAAUUCUACGGUAAAAUCAUGAAAAGAUAUUAGGCAACUCAAAUCUGUACAUGGAAGGGUGGUAGAGAUUUUGAUGUUUGUCUUGUUUGUAAAGUGGAGGAAGAUCUACAAAAAAUAUGAUGAUAUAAAUUUGAAUAAAUUCUUUAUAUUUGGAGAUAUUGUUUGUAACCUAUGAAAUUAAAAAAUCAGUUCAUUCAGUGA